CUGGCGAAAGUCAGAGAUUAAGCCCGUGAUAGGCGUGCGUGAGGCUCUCGUGGCACAUAUGCACGUUAAAACUUCACCCUACCCUACCCUGUCGAGUCGGUACUCAUCGGUAGACGCGAUAUCGGUGCAUUGUGUGACGUUCAUAUUACAUGUCGGUAGGUUUAAAGUACAGAACAGAGAUGAGGUCAGCAAGCAUCAGUUUAGCUUUUCAUUUCUUGGCUACUCUCGUCUGCUCCACUUCAGCAGACGUAGGUUCAAAGUACAGAGCAGAGAUGAGGUCAGCAAGCAUCACUUUAGCUGUUCACUUCUUGGCUACUCUCGUCUGCUCCUCUUCAGCUGCAGACGAAGGGUCGUUCUGGCACGUGUCGGACCAGCACUAUGACUUUUCCUACUGGAGUGACAAGUUCUCCUGUAACAGCAAAGUCCCGGUUCGGGGGAUCUACGGCGACUACUGGUGCGACUCGCCCUGGAAACUCGUCGCCGACAGUGUGGCCGCCAUGAAGAGAAUCAAGUCAGACGUCGACUUCAUCCUGUGGACCGGCGACAACGUUGCCCACAUACACGAUGAGCACCUUAGCGUGGACAAGAACGUGGAAAUCAUGAAGAAUAUUACCGACAUACUGAAACAGAACUUCCCUGGUAUUAAGGUGUAUGCCACGAUGGGUAACCAUGACUACUUCCCAUCCAAUCAGUACCCGCCUUACAACAGCGAACUGUACAACAGAACUGCAGAUCUAUGGAAGGAUUGGAUCGGAAGUGAAGAAGAAGUUAAUCGUUUCAGGACAGGGGCCUUCUACACGACAACGGCAAGCCAUGGAAUCAGGAUCAUGGCGCUGAACACGAACAUGUACUACACGGCAGACAAGGUCACACACCCAGCAAACUACUCCGACCCCGCGGGCCAGUUCGCAUGGAUGGAAGAAACGUUCACGGCAGCACGGGUUGAUAAAGAAAAGGUUAUUGUCACAGGCCAUGUUCCACCGGGAGUUCACAAUCCAGGCAACCUUUUGUGGUUUUAUCCAGAAUUCAACACAAGAUUUAAUGACAUCAUCGUAAAAUUCUCUGACGUCAUUAUCGGGAUGCACUUCGGCCAUGACCAUGCUGAUGGAAUGAAAAUUUUCUACAAGGACGGUCAGCCCGUCGUGCCGAUGUUCAUGGCGCCGUCGAUCACUCCAUGGCGUUUCAAGAUUCCUAACAAAGUGGGCGAAGCUCACAACCCCGGUAUCCGCGUCGUCACCUACGACCGGACGACGGGCAAACACCUGAACAUCAUCCAGUACUACAUGGAUCUCGACGCCAGCAACAGCCGCAACGCCACCAACUGGACCGUGGGGUACGACGCUCAGCGGGUUUACGGAAUAAGCGACAUCACGGCAAAGUCGCUUCACGGACUGACUGACAAACUCAAGAAGACUUCCAGUCUGAUGGACAGUUACGUCAAGUUUAGAUGGGUCUUGGCCAAGCCGGAAGACAGGGUCAAAGGUUGUAACAAGGCAUGUCGGGAGUCCUUCUUCUGUGGGUUCAAGCACCAUGAUAUGAGCUCCUUUAACAAGUGCAAAGAGAAGUAUGUUGGUUCAGCAGUGAAGGCGGGAGAAUCGUGUCUCUUUGUCUUGGUUAUGUUCAUUUUCACCACAUAUUUUAAUAUCUAGAAUAGUCUGAUGUUCAUAUAUGUUAUAUAAUUCUAUAGGUCUGAUCUGAUGUUUCUUCAAUACGUAUAGUACAGGACAGAGCUUAGCCACAGUUGGUCUUGUUUUAGAAGUAAAAUUAUCUAACCAAAGAGGCCAUCUUGUGACUGUUCACCUUUAUAUACUGUACGUGCUUUAUUUUUAUUUUUUUACUUAUAAAGCGCCUUUACAGUAGUGGAAUGUAUACGCCUUUAAACACUGAUAAUUAACUUUAUUUGUACAAGAUGAAAUUGUAAUAAAGAUUUUGUUUGAUAAAGUCAUUAACCACUGUUUGCUAAUAAAACUAUACAACAUA